AUUAAUUUGUUUUGAAAUUCAAAAAUUGAAAUUCUUAAUUAUGGAAAUAAAUCGAUGUAUCGACCAAUCGCGUAUCAGCUAUCGACCAAUUGUAUCGCAGCUAUAAACUGAAACGAUUUCGCGCGGGAUAUUAAUUUUCUGUCAGUGAAAUUUUGAUAUAGUUAGUGUUAUACCGUUAUUGAGUGUACGUUAAUUGAAAUUUUGAAAUAUAAUCUUUUACACGAUAAAUAUUAGCAUAAAAAUUAAGUGUUACAUGAAUUAUUUUUAAUAUUAUUAUUGCAAACAAUUAAAAUAUGCAACGUCGAUUUACUGGCGACGACGAUGGAGAAGAAUUUGAGCCAAGAGUUACACCUAAACCUACAACGAAAAUUGAGAAUUUUGCAGUUACAUCAGUACCAGAGGUAUCACUUAUUUUGGAUAAGCCUGUGGAAAAUAGAAGUACAAAACCUGUUGUCUCUGCUUCACCUUCAUUUGACAAACAUGCCUCAUAUGCUGCUUGGAGACAGCACAAUUUUUCUAAGACAUCCAAUUAUAAAGUCAAUGAGAAGAAUAACUCGCACAAAGUUCAACAUGAUUACUCCUAUAAUCCUGUAACUUCUGUACAAAGGAAUACUGAUUCAUGUGAUAAUGGUAAUAAAAUCUUAAGAAAAGAUGUACAUACUCAUAAAAGAGAACAGGAUCAUUCAAGACCACGUACACCACAUAAUUAUUCACUUAAUACUAAAUCUGUGACAUCGCAUGAUCGUAGUCAAGAUUAUCCAGACUAUAAUGAGAGGACAAGACUUCAAAAUAAUCCUAAACAAGAUACCCAUACUUAUUAUGAUAAUCGUAGUCAUAACAAAACUAUACCAUCGUACCCUCCUACAAGUAAACAAGAUUUAGUUCUUCAAAAUUGUAUGCAAGCACAAGUCAAUGCAAGUAAUACGGAAAGUCAUCCACCUGCCCAUAAUGUAACUACUCCCAAUGUAUUUCCUAAUAAUCAAUUUCCACCGAUGUCGCAUCCAGGAUAUUCUUAUCCAUACUUUGACAUGUCUACGUAUCCUUUCCCACCACCUUUUUAUCCAAUGCAUCAUCAAAAUAAUACAGAAAGUCAAGAGACAAUUAAAAAUUUAUUACAAUUGGUGAAUGCACAAAGUGAACAGAUUUUAUCUUUACAAUCACAAGUAGAUAAUCUUUUGAAAAUGCAGAAGGAACUUUUAAUAGACAAAAAAAAGUGCAUCUGUUCGUCUCAAACUGGAUACAUUCAUGCAGAAUCCAUUGAUGCUUCCAAUUAUCAAACAACACAAAAUCAAAAUGUCAAAAGGAAUGCUUGUCAAAGUACCAAUGUUAUAGAAAGAAACGUAGAUGGUAAUAAAGAUAUUAGAAUUAGAAAUCAACCAGAACUUCUUUUAUCUGAACAACAUGCAGAGAAAGGUGUAAUGGAACAGCAAGUGUCUAUCGGUGUGAUGACAAGUUUUGAAUUUACUGUUCAGAAUAAUCCUAUCGUAGUAGAUUACGAAGAUCAUCAAAAGGAGGAAUUACAACAAAAUGAUCCUGUUAAUAGACAAAAUAAUAAUAAUAAACAUUUACAGGAUACUUGUGAAACUUUGAAAAGAAAUUGUUUCACAAGACUUCCCGUUGGACAAUUAGAAAAUAUAGUUGAAGAUUCAGAAAGUUAUUUAUCUUCUAGUCAACCACAUAGUAGUAAUUAUAAUAUAAAUUGUUCUAUGAAAGAUAUACAAGAUAAACGUACCCAUGUAGAUAAUAAUCAAAAUGCACGAAGUGUUCCUGUAGAAAAAUUAGAUAGAUUUUCUCAAUCGAAUAAAGAUGUAUGUCAAAAUUCAAAUAAAUUGCUUACACAUAAUCAACAACAAUAUUCUUCAUCGAGAGAUGAUGAAAAACAAAGAACAAAAAAGGAAGAAAGAAGGCAAAAACUUAUUAACAAAGAUGCAACAUCAUUUGAUUAUAAUUAUGAACAACGUACGACAAACGAUGUACUUAAUAAUUCACAAAAAUAUAAAGAAACAAAUAAAGACAAUCUAUGUGAGCAAUCUGAUGGUCAUCCUAAAACGCAUAGACGUGUAGAAGAUAGUUUGGUCUUAAAUAGCAGCGAUUUUAAAAUAAACGAAAUACCACCGAUAACACCUGAACCAAGUAUUCAUGUCGACAUGCAAGAAUAUUCUAGCGACGAGGAAAGUGAACAAAUUAAACGAACAUCUAAAGUUGGAUGGACUUUUUAUAAUAAAGUUUUAAGUCAAGUAAAUCAAAUUUUGCAAAAUUCGUCCACCGUAGAUUCUUCCGAUUCAAAGGAUGUAAAAACGAGGCACAACGUAGAACAAGAUGAAAUUGAAAAUCAAGCAAUAUUAGAUAACGUUAAGGUUGCCACUUUUGAACAAUUACGAAAACUUGGUAUCAGCUUAGUAGACAAACCUGAAUCUAUGGACAAAAUUGGUACAAGAAAAGUAGAAUUUGAUUCAUCAUAUUAUCCACGAUUGGACUUUCAACCGAAUAUAACUCGUGCUACUAGUGGUAUAACUGAAAGAAAUACAAGUAUGCACAUGGAAGCAUUAGCUUUAAAAUAUUUAAGUAAUGAACAAAUUGCCGAAUUAACAACACAAAAACAGGGAUCUACAUCUUUGAAACAAGUUAUGUUAAGUAAUAUGCAAGGAACUAAUUUAUCAUUUGCUACAAUGCGUUAUUUGGAAAGAUAUCAAUUGCUUCCAGGAAAAAAUAAUUUACAAGUUGAAGAUGAUAAUCUGAUGUGCCUUGAAGGAUCCCUAAAAGCGGAUCUGAAAACACCAAACAUUAAACAUAAUCCAGCAACACAACAAUAUCCAUAUGCGCAAGAAAAACAAGAAAACAUCGAUCGAUAUAUAUUUAACGAUCGAGAUCGAAUUUUAACUAUUCACGCAAUAGACGAGAAAAAAAAAAUUGUUAUCUAGGUGUAUAAAAGACAAAAAUUACGAAUAUUCCUGAUGGAAAACAAACAUACUUCCUCAUCAGAAAUACAAACGGACAGAUCCUGUAGUAGCAAAACUUCUAUCAAUGAUUCUGAGAAUAGAAAUGAAAGUUCAUCAGAGGAUUAUGAAAAUGAACAAGAUGAAAAAGUUCAAGAUGAUCUUAAUUUAACAUUGGAUCUUCCAAAUGUAGAGACUAAUGAGAACGGUGAUAUUUUAUAUGAUAAUACAUUUGAAAAAUUAUCAGUUAUAUUAGAACCAGAAAAUUUAUCAACAACGAAUACAAAUUAUGAAGAAUUUGAGAAUGAGGAAUCCAAAUAUAUAGAGUACACUUAUCAAAUAAUUU